CGUUGGAGGACGUCAGCGACUCCGACGCGGACAGCGACGUACCAUCGUUAGUGAGCGAGGUCAGCAGCAUAGACGAGUCCGACGAGUCGCUCCCGGGGGGGGCGUCCUCGGACGAGGAACCGCCGCCGCUCGUGGAUGACGACACGACGGACACGUCGGAGACGGAAUCGGACACGUCGAACUCCGCGCGAAGCGCGUCCUCGGACGAAGACGCGAGCGACUCUGAGGAUGAAAACGGGCGACGGCGGCGGCACGCGCGCCCGCACGGCUCGAGCCGGCGCGGACGAGCCAGGGCGCGGAUCGACGACGGCGAAGGAGAAGGCGACGGCGACGGCGGCGACGAUGACGACGUCUACGCCCUGAACGAAGGCUACAGCGCCGUGUUCCGCAGGCUCCUAAAACUGAGCAAGAACAAGUCCGAGCUCGCGUGGUGGCACGUGUUGCAGACGUUGAUGACGCGCGUCGAGCGCGAGUGCUGCGACAUGCGCGAACGGACGCUCGUCUUGCGAACGACGACGUUCGAAUCGCGGGAGGACAAAGACGAACGCGUCGAGGCGUACAAAGAAAAGUACGGCACGCGGCACGACAUGCACGAGGCGAUGACGGCGCAGAUGCACAUGCAGCACGUCCUGCUGUGGCGAUCUCUGCACGUGAGCGACCUCCCGCCGUCGCAGACGAACGAAGGCGUCCGUCUCGCGGCGAUCAUGCUGCAGCAGUCCGAGGCGCGGAUGUCGAACAGCUAUCGCGCCGUGGACGACGCGAUGCGCGCGUUCGAAGCGCGGCUGCCGACGAACGCGUUGACGUCGAUGUGCGAGACGAUUCCCGCGGCGGGCGCGCACGCGAUUCCCGGGUUCGAGAACCGGACCCCGGAGGAGCUCGUGUGCAGCAUAUGUCUGUGCCAGGUCGAGGAAGUGGGCACCGUCGUGUGCACGCUGACGUGCGGGCACGCGUUUCACCUCGAGUGCUUAGAGAGUUGGUUGCACGGGAAUCCGACGUGCCCGAUGUGCCGCCAUCCCGUCGGAAAGGACGAGGAGGAGGAGGAGGACGAGGAGGAGGACGAUGAGGACGAUGGAGAGGUGGUCGUAGAAGACGAAGACGACGAAGACGACGAUCGGCGUUCGGCGUUCGACGACGACGAGGUAGGAAUACUGAGGUAAGACGACCUGCCGCCACUCGAGCGGCGCGACGCCGACGACGAGGCGGAUUGAACUUAGCGACGCCGCGACUAGAACGGCGAUACGAAUACGAAUAGACGCGAUCGAAUCUGUU